AUGCCUGUUGAGGCAGCGAAAGAUCUGAGAACGCUGUUCGUACUCACUAUGAAUAACAUGGCUCAGUUGAGAAAAAAAGAAGGGAACUUGAUGAAAGCUACGGAAUACCUCCGAACAGUUAUUGGCACAAUAAGCUUCGACAGAAACGAAGAAACCGCGAAACUGUAUGUUGCCACUUGUAUGAAUCUGAGUGAGUUAUGCAGUGCAACGGGAGACUAUGGCGAAGCUGUUCGAAGCGCUAGGCUAGCAUAUGGGGCAUCUGAGGAGUUGCUUGGUUCGGGAAGCGAUGAGAGUCUGGCCGUCAUGCACGCAAUCGCCUGCAACAACUAUGCAGUGCAGCUGGUCGCCGAGGGUGUCGAUGUGGAAUCUGCGGAAGGGUUCUGCCGUAAGGCUCUUACUAUCGUGGAAGGUCUAUCAGGAGAGCAAAGUCGUGAAUUGAGGCUAGUGUUCAAGGAGAGUUUGAAGAGAAUGAAAGUAAGCCAUGUAGGAAUAAGUGAAAACCACAACGCCGAUGAAACUGCUCAUGCGAGCUCAGCGACCAGUAGUGUUGCCGAAACUGAUGUCCGGGGCAUCGAAGUGUUAGAGAACAGCCCCCAGGGUCCGUCCGAACUCCAUCGUCAGGCUGAAGUCAAUGAUGAUGAUGAUGAUGAUGAAAUUCUAUGCGAUAGCCCAGUACAUGAUUUGCUCGAGUCUUUACCGGCGUCGGCCAGGGAAGUGACUUCAAGGGGAGCACCGGUCAAUGAGCCUAAGUGGAUUCUCGAGGACAGGGAGUAUCAUAGAAGCGAGAUUAGUGUGGUAACUGAGCCGCACACACGAGAAGGGUCAGUGAGCCAAAUCGCUGAUGCCGAGAAAGAUACUCGUGAAGUGUUAAGGCUAUGCUCGGAGGAUGUGGUCACUGCAGAGAGCGAGAACUCUAGCCAAGCUGCGCAGCUCGACAAUGAGCUCUCGUCUGCUGAUCCGAUGUCCGUCGACAACGAAGUUACAGAGGCUAUCACUCAGCAACCCCUGGCGGUUGGUUUAACGGAUACCAUUAAUGACACUACAAAGCAGAGCAUCCUGGGCGAGCACUUAUCGCGACCGGAGCAGUCGGCGUCCGAGGCUUCACUACGAAGUCACGAACGCCAGGAAUCGAAAUGGAGGGAUCCGAGUUUCGGGGUGAAAUUUUUCGCUGACCAAAUGGCAAACGCAAGCCUAGACGAUUCCAGAGAUCUAGGGUCACCCAAGUGGGCUGUACGAUACGAUCCAAUUGACGAAUCAUAUGUUAUUACGGAUAACAGGGGCGAGGAAUGGAUAACGAGGAGCGAUGAGCAAGGAGGACCACGAUCGUGGAUGUUGUCGAAAUAA